AUGGCUCCAAUUAUCAGAUUGUCCGUGGCCCUGGCCAUCAUCUCCUCUGCUGUCGCCGUACCAAUCAAGCCUCGUAGCGCGACAUGGUCGGGUCUCAGCUCAAAGAUCAAGCACGUGGUUUACUUAAUGAUGGAGAAUCAUAGCUUCGACAACAUCGCCGGCUACUGGGAUUACCGUGAUGACAUCGAUGGUCUCCGAAACAUCAACUAUUGCAAUGAGUUCACCAACCCCAACUGGACCAUUUAUGGUGAACCCAUCAUGAUCUGUGCGGGCCCGUAUGAAGACGAGGUCCCUCUCGUCGACCCGGACCACAACUUUGCUGGCACGAGCUAUGAGAUCUACCGCAAAUGGCAACCCACAAGCAGUGACACUCCUGACAUGUCUGGCUUCAUCGAGCGCCAAUCGGACAAGUACAACGCCACUCCCGGAGACAGCUCCUUUGUCAUCAAGGCUUACGACCCGAAAAAGGGCAACACCCUCAUGACCUUGGCCCAGAACUAUGCCAUGUGGGAUACCUACCAUGCGGAGCACCCAGGGCCGACCAACCCUAACCGCAUGUUUGCCACUUCGGGCUCGACGUGCGGCUAUGUCGACAAUACGGCCACCCAGUCCACCGGUUGGUUCGCCAACGUUACAGGACAAUCGUGUGCAACGUCCAUCUUCGAGGCCUUGGACAAGAAGAACAUCUCCUGGAAGAACUACUACGAGUCCGACAUCAUUGACUCGUUCAUCUACAAAUGGGUCCAGGACAACUCGAUGGACAAGAUCGUGCACGCCGACCAAUUCUACGCCGACCUCGCCAACGGCACUCUUCCUCAGUUCUCAUACAUCAACCCAGAAUGCUGCACAGUCGAUUCCAUGCACCCAACCAGCAACAUGGCUGCCGGUGAGCUCAUGAUCAAGCAUCUAUACGACUCGAUCCGAAACUCUCCGUACUGGGAGAACACCCUCCUGAUCAUCAACUUCGAUGAGCACGGAGGGUUCGCCGACCACGUCCCUCCACCAACAGGAAUCCCCGCUCCCGAGGACGGCAAGACCUUCUCCGGCCUCUCGGAUGGCCACAACGUCACCUACGACUUCACCCGUCUUGGUGUCCGUGUGCCGUCCUUCCUGAUCUCGCCUUGGAUCCCGGCAAACACUCUGAUCCACGACGAGGGAACCAUGUACGCCGAAAACUCUGCGUACACGCACACUUCAUUCCUGCAUUUCCUCCAGGAACUCUGGGGUCUCGAGGGCUUCAACAACCGCGUCCAAUGGGCCAAGACUUUCGAGUACGUCUUCUCGGACACGAUGCAGCCCAACGGCGGCAUCCAGAACUUGCCCAGCCCCGUCUGGCACGGAGGUUCAGGACAGCCCGAGCCGGACGCUUUCCCACUCCUGAACCAGGAUUACAGCUACUAUGAGUCCUUGGACGAUUAA